AUGACAUCAGGUGAUGAUAGACAGCGUUUAACGAUUCAUUGCAUUGUUUCUGUUGUGGGCUUUAUUUUUAUUUCCCUUGGAGUUGCCGUAGAUGGUGCGGUGCCUAAUAUUCCUCUCGCAGAGCUUUUGUUUGCGCCGUACAAUCCGAAAAUGGCAAGACUGGGGGGAGCGACAGCAGUGGACGGUGAGAGCACGGGAAAUAGCGCAAGCAAGGACUUUUGUUUUAUCUCGCAUGGCUGUUNAAGACUGGGGGGAGCGACAGCAGUGGACGGUGAGAGCACGGGAAAUAGCGCAAGCAAGGACUUUUGUUUUAUCUCGCAUGGCUGUUGGGGUGGGAAGCCUCCGCAGUCGGAGAAGCAGCGUGAGGUCGCAGCGCUUAUAGCAGAGCUCAUAGAGACCGCUGAGCAAGACCCGGCGAAGCGAGAUGAACGCAUCCGCUUUGUGGUGGCUGCUGGAGAUAACUUUUACCGGCAUGGGGUGAAGAACGUUCAGCAUGAUCGUUUCUAUACCACUUUUGAAGACUUCUACCGCGGCAGGAAUCAAAGCGGGGGGGUGCGGCGUGUGCCGUGGCUUGUGGCGCUUGGGAACCAUGACUAUUAUGGCAACUGGUCGGCGCAGGUGCAAUACACGUACGCCGUGAGGGAUCAGGCAACGUAUUCGGAAGUGUGGGCGCACCACUCUCCGCCAGAGGCACCUGUUUCUGGGCGCUGGUACAUGCCGUACCCCUACUACGCGGUGAAGGUGAGUUUGGACAUGGUCGUUGUCGUGAUUGAUACCGUUUUGCUGCAUCGCUGCAGCGAGCGCGUGGGCGACUGCUGGGACGGUGGAAGGCAGAAGCGGGUGGUGGAGGAUUGGCUCCUGCAUGAGUUUGCGGCGGUGCCGUACAAAGUUGUGGUGGGGCACUACCCGGUACUGGCGAAUGGACCACACAUGAACUAUGAGUGGCUACAGUCAUGGUUGAUCCCGUUGAUGGCCAAGUCGUGUGCAUCGCUUUACAUCAACGCCGACAACCACUACUUGCAGGUAUCGAAGAAGGGAUUUCAGUAUUACGCAAAUAGCGGCGGCGGUGCGGGACUUGGGCUGCACUACACACUGAAGUACAAGAGCUGGGCUCAGAAAGAGAGCAUCUUUCACUCCGUGGAGUACGGCCUCAUGCUGCACUGCAAAAAAGGGGACCGAUUCACACAUAGUGUGAUGGGUACGUCUGGGAAGGAGCUCUUCCGUUUCGCGUCCUGGGACUCCGAGGACGGUGCACCCCUGCAAGAUUGCCUGGUGCGGCUGGAGGCAGGCGGCGUUGCCCGCGGGGAAACGAGGGACGUCUCUAUGUGGGUUAUUCUCUUGCCGCCGAUGUUGUUGGUGGCUCUUUUUAUAUCGGUGCGGCGGCGCAACCGUAUGCGGAAUCGACGGUGUGCCUGA